AUGGACCAGGUUCGGUCUCCCAAAAGCUUCCAGUCAGGAUUAGAUCUGGACAAAGCCCCCAGUACAGACCAGGACACUGAAGAUGGAGGACUCCCGGAUGGGCCACAGAAACCAAACGAAAGCUUGCAAGAUCUCUGGGAAAUAGCUUUCCAGGAGUUUCUGGAAGACAACGAGUUGGAGGAGGAGCUGCGAGGGGAACUGACCCCGUGGGCCGACACCCGGGCCUUCCUGGCCUCCUUCGAGCAGGUGGCCGUGGCUUGCCGGUGGCCGAGAAAAGAGUGGGUGACCCGUCUCCUGCCCUCUCUCACCGAGGACGCCGAGAAGGUCUUCAUCAGCUUGGACGCCCAGGACCGGGGAGAUUUCCGGAAGGUGAAGGCGGCCAUUUUGCGGCAGGAGGCCGCCGACCAGGAGCGGAAGCGGCAGGACUUCCGUCGCUUCGGCUACCAGGAGGCCAAAGGCCCCCGAGAAGCCUGUGCCCGGGUCCAGGAGCUGGGCCACCAGUGGCUGAAAGUGGAGAAGACCAGCAAGGAGCAGAUUGUGGAGAUGCUGUUUCUGGAACAGUUCCUGGAUGUCCUGCCCAAGGAGAUGCGGAAAUGGGUCCAGGAACACGGACCAGAAAACUGCACACACGCUGCCUCUCUGGCUGAGGAAUUCUUGAGAAGGCUGCAGACACCCGAAAGGGAGAAAGGGCGGGAGUCGGAAGAGAUGGGUUCAAGUUCAGCCAAGAGACAGGAGGCUCAAGUGGAGAUGCUGAAAACGCAGACAAAUUCUAGGAGGGAGAAUUGGGAGCCCAGCUCAUCACAGAGGACCUAUCCAGGUUAUGCGCAGGCCAGUACAAGCAAGGAGGAACUUCUGCAGUGGGGCCAUUACAGGGAGAUGAAACUCCAAGCCAGAUUCCCCGGCCGAGCGAACACGGUGCUCCCCUACCCCUGGAAACCAAGAGAAGGCGUCCCGGAACGCCGCCGUUCAGAGCGGCUGCGGAAAAUCCAUCCACUCGAGCCCAGAUUCAAGAAGCGCCUCUCCCAGGACGUCCCCAAGAGCCAAAUCAAGAUCUGCCUGUGGUGCGGCAAAACCCUCAACGGCUUGGCGAGCUACAUCCGGCACGAGAUGAUGCACACCGGGCGGAAGCGCUUCAAGUGCGGCUUCUGCUUCAAGGGCUUCUGCUGGCGGUCGGAGCUCACCCGCCACGAGUUCAUCCACACGGGGAAGAAGCCCCACGAGUGCGCGUUCUGCGGCGAGGGCUUCGACCGCAAGUGGAAGCGGGAUCGGCACCAACUGAUGCACAUGCAGGGCGGUGGGCGGCUGUGA